CACCCCUCCUCCAUUAAUGGCAACUCCAACUCCAAAAUCAAACCCAAAAUCACAAACACAGACACACAGAACACAAAACACAGAGCAAAGAAAUUCGCUCCCUCUGCCACGAUGCAGAGCCUCGGCGCUGGAUGGGGCGUCCCAACGCCCACUAAAUUACUCUGUUAUUCCUGCAAGUCCAGCGCCGCGGCGCUGUACUGCCGCGCCGACGCCGCCUUCCUCUGUCUCCGCUGCGACGCCCAAAUCCACGGCCCCAACACUGCAAAGCUCCUGCCCGCCACGCGCCACGCGCGUGUCUGGCUCUGCGAGGUCUGCGAGCACGCGCCCGCCGCCGUCACGUGCAAUGCAGACGCCGCCGCGCUCUGCGUCACCUGCGACGCCGACAUCCACUCCGUCAACCCCCUCGCCCGCCGCCACGAGCGCUCCGCCGUCGAACCCUUCUACGACUCCGCCGAAUUCGCCGUCAAAUCGCCGACCGCCGCCUUUAAAUUUCUCCUCUCCAACGAAGACGACGUCGUAAUCCCCGAAUUGAAAUCCGAAGACAUCUUCUUCUCCGAUAUGAAUUCCUUCAUCGAUUUCGAUUACCCAACCGCCGGCGACGGAGUUGUACCCGACCAAUCGAAUCCGGCCACGGUGGCGACGCCGGCGACCGACAAUUCCACCGCGAAUUUCUGCGGAUUGGAGUUCUGUACCCGAUCUAAAUUCGAUAGCAUUAGCUUCCCAUCUCAGAAUCUUAGCCAAAGCGUUUCGUCGUCUUCCUUAGACGUCGGAGUUGUGCCGGACAGAAACACGGCGUCCGACGCGUCGUUUCCGGCAGCGCAAACGGCGACCCAAUUGCGGGGAUUGGAUCGGGAGGCGAGGGUUUUGAGGUACAGAGAGAAGAAGAAGAAUAGGAAAUUCGAGAAGACGAUUCGGUACGCGUCCAGGAAAGCUUACGCCGAAAUUCGGCCGAGAAUCAAAGGGCGGUUCGUUAAACGGAGCGAAAUGAACUCCGACGUGGACAGAAUCUUCGCCGGCGGCGGCUUCCCGUUCAGUGAGGGUCAAUACGGCGUCGUUCCGAGCCUCUGAGUUUGAGACAACUGGGACAGGGGAAGCUGUGAUCCUGUUUGUUACUUUUCAGCCUUCAGGAUCUAAUUUCAAUCAUAAUUUCCAAUGUAAUUUUCAAUAAUUUUCCAAUUCAACUUUAAUAAAAGUUGAUUAUUGAAAGGAUAAAGUAUUGUUGUUAGGUUAAAGUUAUAAAUUUAGUUUAUUAAUAUUCGAAAUGUAUUUAUAUAGUUCUUCAAUUUCUA